AACAACACGCUGCCUGCGCUCAGACUUCUCCUGGAGACGUUCAGGAACGCUGCGUGAAAGAGCCUGCCUCUGACAAUUUUUUUUAAACCCUCACAAGUAUUAAGACAGGUUGCGUCAGUUAAUACAUUUCCCAUGAUUGCCUGCGUCGUUUUCAAUCUAAGCUGCUCAUCAUAUCAAGACGUGUCUCGGAAUCUGCUGAGUGCGCGCACUGGAUGCUUUGAGGCUGAACAGGUGGCGCAAAGCUCCGGUUCCCUUAAUUUGUUAUUAGGGGCAAAGACGCAGGCACGUUAAGCGUUUAAUACCCGCCUAUUGCGGUGGGAGAGCUGCAGUAAUUUCCCUCCCUUGUUCAAACGGGGAUAUCUUUUUGACAAGGGAGCUUGUGAUGCCAGUUGCAGACAUGGUAGUGGACAACAACCACGGGUUAUAUGAGGGUAAAAGCCCAACAAACAGUGCCGGGAGUGACAGCGCAACGCCGGCCUCUCUAUGCAGUCCUGCCGCGGACAUCCUCAAGAACUUUUACCACACCAAGCGGGUCGGGAACUAUCUGAUCGGGAGGAAGCUGGGAGAAGGAUCCUUCGCCAAAGUUAGAGAAGGUCUCCAUGCAAUGACUGGGGAAAAGGUGGCGGUGAAGGUGAUCGACAAGCGGAAGGCCAAGAAGGACUCGUAUGUGACCAAGAACCUGCGGAGGGAGGGCCACAUCCAGCAGAUGAUCCGCCACCCCAACAUCACGCAGCUGCUGGACAUCCUGGAGACAGAGAACAGCUACUACCUGGUGAUGGAGCUGUGUCCCGGCGGGAAUCUCAUGAACCGCAUUUACGACAAGAAACGCCUGGAUGAGCGGGAGACUCAGAAGUACAUCCGGCAGUUGGUGCUGGCUGUUGAGCACCUGCACAGGGCGGGAGUGGUGCACAGGGACCUGAAGAUAGAAAACCUCCUAUUGGAUGAGCAGGACAACAUCAAGCUCAUAGAUUUUGGCCUCAGUAACUGCGCUGGCAUCUUGGGAUACUCGGACCCGUUCAGCACCCAGUGUGGAAGUCCGGCAUACGCCGCCCCAGAGCUGCUCUCCAGGAAGAAGUACGGGCCUAAAGUGGAUGUCUGGUCCAUUGGUGUGAACAUGUACGCCAUGUUGACUGGGACUCUGCCGUUCACCGUGGAGCCCUUCAGUCUCCGAGCCCUGCACCAGAAGAUGGUGGACAAGGAGAUGAACCCUCUACCUCCCUCGCUCUCCUCAGCUGCAAUCUGUCUCCUGAAGAAGCUUCUUGAGCCAGAUCCCAACAAGCGUCCCAAUAUCCAUCAGGUGAUGGCUGAUUCCUGGCUGCAGCUGGCCAACAAGAACACGGGGGCACCGUACCUCAACAGGAUCCACAUUGAGGAGAUAAACCACACGGUGUUGCUGCACAUGACGGAGAAGAUGAACUACAAGCACAGCGAGGUGCUGAGCGCCGUCCUCACCAACCGCGCCUGCCACACGCUGGCCGUCUACUUCCUCCUCAACAAGAAAAUGAAGAGACUCUCUAAAGAGUACAGGGAGAUGCAGUUCCAAGAGAAAAAGAAAGGAGAAAAGCAGAAGAGCGAAUACUUCCAGACCCAGUGGAGAAAGCACGUCGACAAGCUCACGAUCCCGCCGAAGCAGACGCCCGUCUACCUUGCUGUUGCCAAGGGGCCCAGCAAGGAGAAGAAACACCGAACAGGUCUAUUACGUGCCAUAACUGGUGGCCAUCGUAAUUCACCUCUAGCGCCACCCGGCACCGUCGCCUCUUCUUCCAUGGAAUAUCUAGAGAUCCAACCUCUCUUUAACAACACCCCUCAGCAGCGGAGGCGCUUGGCCACCCUCCCACAAGUCAACACGAGCCCGGAACACAACAUCCCCGCCCCGCCGGCACCGUCACCGAUCGGCAUGCAUUCCUUCGGCUCCCUCUCCAAAGCCGAGCAAAUCGAAGACACCCCGGCCUCGCCCUGGUACAAGCUGACCAACGGGACACUGUCCCCGCCCCGCCACGUCUCUGCCUUCCAACCCGACUCCUCGUACUUGAAGAAGGCGACAAUCCCCAGUCCUCCCGUGCUCAUCGUCAACCCGCAGCCCAAAAAGAGCAUCUCGUCAGAUUGGGGCGGCUCUUCUGACACCAGCGGCAGCCCUCCUAGUACCGUAGGAAGCCCCCCGGGCAGCUCAGCUUUUAGCCCACCGAAGUCCGCCUUCAGCCCCCUCAAACCCACCUCGGCAUUCAGCCCUCCUUCCAACAGCAGCAGCAGUAGCGAUCCCGACAGCCCGACGCACCGCAGCAAGUUCCCCUCUAUGGGAAUCGGACAGCUCCUAAAGAAGAAGGUCCAGCUGCAGCCGUUCUCCUUCCGGCCAGAGCAAGUGGUCGAGGAGGUGGUGUCUCCGCCGCCCUACCCCAUGCAGACUCUCCUCUGUGCUUCAGGUGCACUCAAGACCCUCUGCUGAGGGAUACACCACAAAAAAAAAAAAAAAUGAAAGAAAGACAGACUGAACUCAAGGCCCUUCUCAACAUUUUGUUGAAGUUGGAGAGGUCUUCCAGAGCGGCCUUUUGAACUGUCAGUUUAUCGCGACUGAGCCACUUUCUAAGAAAGACUUGAUCAUUUAAAAAAAAAAAAAAAGAAAAAGAAAAGGAGGUUUGAGUAAGAGUUUAAAAUAUCUUUCGUUACCACUCUCAUUAUGUAAUAAGAGGUGGUGACGCUGAGAAGAUGAGAUUUGAAACUGAGCAAUGACUAAACCUCGCUGUGGCCUAGAUACAGAGUGGACAUCGUAUAAGACACACACGCACAUACAUACACACAUAACACUGUAUUAUAGACUGAGUUAAGAGGUACUCUCUUAUGUAAUAUUGCUGUAACUGGUUACUAAUUGAGCCGUAGACUGAUUCACACCAGCUAACAGACCCCAACUCUUACCCUAACCCUGAUUACAUGUUUAAAUGUUUUGUCUCUGUGAAAACACUCUCUUAAGAUACCCACCGACUUCAUACCAGCUGGCACUGUAUCCUCAAAGCUGACUGGAUGAAGAAGCUCACUGCACUAUUCUUAAAAACCAAAACCUGUAGUAGUAACAACGGUGUUUACCAUCCUUUACCUCACUGCAUUACUCAUACGUUAGUGUAUUAGCGGCAGUCGAUCGUGACAUGCUUGUGUGGCUUUUGCCACAUUGUUGCAGCGUCUGAGCGUUAGUGCCAUUAGGUUCAACACAUCGAAAUAGAAAUAGGUACCGAGAGAAGAGUCACGCUCUCACUUUUUAUAGCGUUCUCAUAAACUACCACUCAACACUGAUAAUAAUUCACAGCUAUAACUUUUUUAUAUACAAGUGUUACAUCACCUCUACGAUCCACAGGGAAUCUUUCAAAGUCUUAGUUGUGACUUUCCUUCACAACUCAUAGUCUGUUUUAGAAGAAAAAGAAAAGAAAAAGAUAAAAAAUAGAGCAUCAAAAGCCUUAUGAAACUUUUUGUACCUCGCCGAAGGCGGAGGGUACGAAGGUGGGAGGAUCACGUAACACCCAUGAAAAAUAAUUCACUUCCUUUUGUCUUAAUGCUGUAGUUUGUGCAAUAGUCUUAAGUGUUAACUGCAAUGACGAGUAUUUGCCAAGAGCUCUCUGAGAGUGAUGUGAAAAAUGUGCUUGUAAAUAACAGUGCGACUCCUGUGUUCCUGUCACUUAACGGCGUUCCGUGAGAAGGGAUUGUAAAAAUGUCUGACAUUUUCACGUCUUUAGUCGCUUCAUAAAGACAAAAAGGCUUCCACGUCGGGCACACGAGGCUUCUCACUGUUAAGAUACUGUAGAAUCUCUUGGAAAAAGUUGCAUGCAAUGUUUCACGAGUCGAACUGUACUGUCAACAUUUGAAAUUUACGUCUUUGUACCUUUUUUUCUGGUUGAUACUGAGAUUGAUACAGACUCGAGAUGGGAUGGGGUGGGGGGGGUCUUUUGUAAGAUUUUGUAAUGAUGGUUUUGUUCGAGUGUCAAGAGAUUUCUAUGCUGUAUAAAGUAUUUUAAAUAUUUAUACUAAA